AGGCGUUUUUUGUUUAUUAAACUAAUGGUUCGCUGCAACUGCGAAUUUUAGUCUAAGAUAGCUAAACCUUAAUUUUUCUCUCACACAAACAAGUCAACGGACAUGGAUGGACUGGAUGAUCAUUGUCAAGACUGCGGGUCCAAGAAAUGUUUCUAUGGCUUGGGCAAGCUUCAGUCGAUCAUCUUCGUCUUCCUUUGCUCCAUCUGUGGACUUCUGGCCAUAGGAGGAAAUUUGACACUUCUGGUGAUUUUUCGUUAUUGUGGAACGGUCCGGGAAAAAAUGAAUAACACUUUUGUUGUCUCGUUGGCUGUGGCUGAUCUGAUGAUAGGAUUAACGAUUAUACCGUUAUACAUAUGCUAUGGGGUCGCUUUUGAACCGCGAUGGCUCGUCAAGCUCGAAGGCUUUCUUUGGAUUGUGACAACUUCGGCCACGACGCAUAGCUUAAGUGCUGUGAGCAUUGACCGGCUGAUAUCUGUUAUUUAUCCACUGCGCUAUCAUCAGAUUAUAACUAGGAAACGUUGCACUGUGAUCAUCUUACUCAUUUGGUUGGGAUCUGUCAUAUUUGGUUCACCAAGACUAUUCAUUAAUGACUUCCGAAAACUAGAAAAGUUAUGGAUUGCUUGCUCUAUUGCAACUGUUGCAGUUCCCUUGCUCAUCAUGUGCUAUAGCUACGGGAGAAUUUUUACCAUCGUUAGAGAAAAAAAUGGCGAUAUCAUCAACAAUCCUAAUGCCCCAAGGGAAGGUUUGGUCAACAAAAAGGCUGCAGUAACCAUCGGAAUAAUAGUUUGUCUCUUUAUUGUGACUUUCACGCCGAGCGCUGUUGUUUAUUUUUUGCUUCUAUUUGAGGAUGAUGUCUGCACGGAGUAUGAACUCAACAACUCAUGGCUGUGGGUCGCGCUGGUAUCGUUCUACCACUCUGCUUUCAAUCCGUGGGUUUAUGGAUUCAGACAUGGAGAGUUACGAAAAGAUUUUAAAAAAUUGUUUGGCAAAAAGUGCAAGGCUUUUUGGUGAAUAAAAAUAAGCUAGUUUCUAUCAUUACGUGCGGUCAGCAAUAGAGGAGUCCUGGGAAAGACUGUCAUUCAUAACCGAUGUUUCCGCCGCAUCUGAACCUUGUGUUAUUUUCGAAGAUUG